CUUCAUAGGGAAGUGUUGUGUUGCAUUUGUUUUAAUUGUACAAACAAGUGGCUUUAAACAUGUACUUAUUGCUCGUUAACACCAUCGUCGUCGUGAUUGCCAUGGAGUUUACACAGGGUCAACAGUCAAUUGAGCUUCUACCUCACUCCACUGUUCUUGCUGGUUCCAAUGUGACUCUUGUCUGCACGGUGCAAAAUGUUCAUAACAAAACUACAUCCUCUGUAAAAUGGAGUAGGCCUAAUAACCCUGUAAACACUACUAGGGCACUUGUUAGCUGUACUAAUGAGACACUAGAGAUAGCAGGUCCAAUAGUCUGCAACUUGACUCUAGAGUCAGUUGAAGAGUCUUCGGGCGGAGAGUAUACUUGUGAUGGAGUUGUUGGUGGCGAACAUUUCACGAACAGUACAGAGUUGCAUGUAGUCCCAUAUCCUACUAUUGAACUCCAAGAUGCAUGCACCGGGCUCGAGGUUGGUAUCAGUGAAACUGGACCCUUUUGCGUACCAACUACCAGAAGCAACCUCUUCAACUGCACUGUUUACAACAUCACAGACACAGAUGGUGCCUCGACCAUCACCUGGGCAAUCAAUGGGGAUGAGGUUAAUGUGACGUCAGCUAUGACUCCGGCGAACGGUCAAUAUGGAUUGAGAGACAUGCGCAGUUCCUUGUAUGUAGCUAGCUGGGCGGAUGAAUAUCAAGAUGAAGUGAUUACCGUCACGUGUCAUUUCAGUGGUUAUAUGAACAUUGAGCCAUUGGAAGUCACCGCUCAAGUCAAGUUCUAUUACGAUAUUCCCAUGAGUGUGUUGAUUGGACUUGCCUCAUGUCACGUGGCGUUUGCAAUUCUGGCUGUCAUUGUUGUCAUUGUCAUCGUUAGGUUUGGCGACCAAACCCCCUUGAAAUUUGCGUGAUUGAAGUGUCAUCAGUAUUAUACAGCCUAUAUAGAUACAUGUAAUUGUUUAUGUGUGUGUGUAAUUUUAAUUUUAAAACUUGAAUUAUAUCGUGUCACAGAAAAAUGUAACUGUUUGAAUGUAAUUAAUAUUAAAGGUCAUGGGUACUUUUUGUAACAAAAAACAUAUACUUUAAACUUGCAACCAUUUGAAGAAUAUGCUGAGGUGCUGUGGAUUUUGAAAAUUGAGUAAAAAAAAUGUUAUUUUACGAAAAAUAGGUUUUAUCAAGCUUAAAAAAUAGUUGUCGUCUCAUGAUACGAACAUUAUUUUCGUGAAUUGUUUUACUCAUUUCUCAAAAACUACAUGAGGUAUCCAGCAAGUAAGACUUUAAGCGAAGCUUUCUACCAUUAAGUCAAAUCAAAUCAAAUCAAAUCAAUCAACAUUUAUUUCCAUACAAACACAAUACAAAUACAAACAAACUGUUUGGAGGAAUGGCCCAUGAAAGCAAAAGCUUGCAGGCUGGGAUGCCUUUACAAAACAAUAGAUAGUAAAAAUAAUAAGAUCAUCAUUACCAUCAUUAUCUUCAAACUGUGUGAAUUUGACUUCAAUGUGUGGCCAUUGUGUUUUAUGUCCUACAAGAAGUAGACCCUUUAAUUCCUUUUCUUCAGAUGCUGUAUACAUUAUUUUGUUUAAAGCCAUUGGACACUUUCGGUAAACAGUAUUGUCCAAAGGCCCACACUUCGUGUA